AUGACGCCCGCCCCCAACCCAAUUAAUGCGGUCCUGGACCGAAUCAAAGGCUCGCUGCUGCCCCGGCCUGGCCACAACUUUGUACGGCACUGUCUACGGAAUCGGCCGGACCUGUACGGCCCCUUCUGGAUCUGUGCCACACUGGCUUUCGUCCUGGCCGUCACUGGCAACCUGACGCUGGUGCUGGCUCAGAGGAGGGAUCCCUCCAUCCACUACAGCCCCCAGUUCCACAAGGUGACCGUGGCCGGCGUCACCAUCUACUGCUACGUCUGGCUGGUGCCGCUGGCGCUGUGGGGCUUCCUGAGGUGGCGGAAGCGUGUCCGGGAGCGCGUGGGGCCUUACACCUUCCUGGAGACCGUGUGCGUCUAUGGCUACUCCCUCUUCGUCUUCAUCCCCACCGUGGUCCUGUGGCUCAUCCCUGUCCCGUGGCUGCAGUGGCUGUUUGGGGCGCUGGCCCUGGCCCUGUCAGCCGCUAGCCUGGUGUUCACCCUCUGGCCUGUUGUCCGAGAGGACACCCGGUUGGUGGCCGCCGUGCUGCUCUCCACGGUCGUGCUGCUCCACGCCCUUCUGGCCACGGGCUGUAAGUUUUACUUCUUCCAGCCGCUGCCCCUGGAGCCCCUGGCGCCUCCACCCCAGACCACGUCUCUGCCCCUAAACCUGCUGCCGCCGCCCACCCCAAGGUCCCAGGUGACCUAGGAGGGCCCGAGCCGCAGGCUCCACACGAGGGGACGCCUCCGCCUGCCCUGCCCCUCACACGAGGACUGAAGGCCCCCUUGACAC